AGGUGCGGCUGGAGGGUGACGGCCGACCGGCCCAGGACUCCUGCUCCCGUGGUGCCCCGCGCGUGGCCAGCCCAGCCCCCGGCUCCUGCCCGCCCCACAGCGGCGCUGGUUGUUGUCGUGAGCCGCAGCCGCCCCGCUUUGCCCCUCCUCCCCUCCUCUCCCCUCCCCCCCGGCCCUGCGCACGGGCUGCCCCUCCCCCCGCCUCCCCGGCCCCUCUCACGGUGCCAAGAUGGCGGCGGCGGCGGGCGGCGGCAGUUGCCCCGGGCCUGGCUCCGCACGGGGCCGCUUCCCGGGCCGGCCGCGGGGUUCCGGCGGGGGCGGGGGCCGCGGCGGCCGAGGCAACGGAGCCGAAAGAGUGCGGGUAGCCCUGCGGCGCGGUGGCGGCGCGGCGGGGCCGGGAGGAGCCGAGCCCGGGGAGGACACGGCCCUGCUCCGUUUGCUGGGUCUUCGCCGGGGCCUGCGCCGGCUCCGCCGCCUGUGGGCUGGUGCGCGAGUUCAGCGAGGCCGAGGCCGCGGCCGGGGACGGGGCUGGGGCCCGAACCGAGGCUGCAUGCCGGAGGAAGAGAGCAGUGACGGGGAAUCCGAGGAGGAGGAGUUUCAGGGUUUUCAUUCAGAUGAAGAUGUGGCCCCCAGUUCCCUGCGCUCUGCGCUUCGGUCCCAGCGAGGUCGAGCCCCUCGGGGUCGGGGCCGCAAGCAUAAGACGACCCCCCUUCCUCCUCGCCUAGCAGAUGUGACUCCUGUCCCCCCAAAGGCCCCUACUCGGAAACGGGGUGAGGAGGGCACAGAACGGAUGGUGCAGGCACUGACUGAACUUCUCCGGCGGUCCCAAGCACCCCAACCCCCCCGGAGCCGGGCACGGGCACGUGAACCCUCUACUCCCCGACGGUCUCGGGGAAGGCCCCCAGGACGGCCAGCCGGUCCCUGCCGGAAAAAGCAGCAAGCAGUAGUGUUAGCAGAAGCGGCUGUGACAAUCCCUAAACCCGAGCCUCCGCCCCCUGUGGUUCCAGUAAAGAACAAAGCUGGCAGUUGGAAAUGCAAGGAGGGACCUGGUCCAGGACCUGGAACCCCCAAACGUGGAGGACAGCCUGGGAGAGGAGGCCGUGGAGGCAGGGGCAGAGGCCGAGGCGGACUUCCCCUUAUGAUCAAGUUUGUUUCCAAGGCCAAGAAAGUGAAGAUGGGACAAUUGUCCCAGGAACUAGAAUCAGGUCAGGGUCAUGGUCAACGUGGGGAAAGCUGGCAGGAUGCCCCCCAAAGAAAAGAUGGAGAUGAACCAGAAAGGGGCUCGUGUAGAAAGAAACAGGAGCAGAAACUGGAGGAGGAGGAGGAGGAGGAGGAGAAGGAGGGAGAAGAGAAGGAAGAAAAAGAUGACAAUGAGGAUAACAACAAGCAAGAGGAAGAGGAGGAGACUGAGAGAGCUGUGGCUGAGGAAGAAGCGAUGCUAGCCAAGGAGAAGGAAGAGGCAAAGCUUCCGUCACCACCCUUGACUCCUCCAGUCCCUUCACCACCUCCUCCUCUACCACCCCCUUCAACAUCUCCUCCACCUCCAGCAUCCCCUCUACCACCCCCAGUUUCUCCUCCUCCCCCACUUUCCCCUCCCCCAUAUCCAGCCCCAGAGAAGCAGGAAGAGUCUCCUCCUCUUGUCCCAGCUACAUGCUCUAGGAAGAGGGGCAGGCCUCCCCUGACUCCUAGCCAGCGGGCAGAGAGGGAAGCUGCUCGGUCAGGACCAGAGGGCACCCUUUCUCCCACUCCAAACCCUAGCACCACCACAGGAAGCCCUUUGGAAGACAGUCCUACUGUGGUCCCCAAAAGUACCACCUUUUUAAAGAAUAUACGGCAGUUUAUUAUGCCUGUAGUGAGUGCUCGCUCCUCCCGUGUUAUCAAGACACCCCGGCGAUUUAUGGAUGAAGAUCCUCCCAAACCUCCAAAGGUGGAGGCUUCUAUUGUUCGACCUCCUGUUGCAACCUCCCCACCUGCUCCCCAGGAACCAGUACCAGUCUCCUCUCCACCUCGUGUCCCAACUCCCCCAUCUACCCCAGUCCCACUCCCUGAGAAGAGGCGGUCUAUCCUAAGGGAACCCACAUUUCGCUGGACCUCACUAACCCGGGAGCUGCCGCCACCUCCACCUGCUCCUCCACCAGCCCCAUCUCCACCACCUGCCCCUGCCACUCCCUCCCGGAGGCCCUUGCUCCUUCGGGCCCCUCAGUUUACCCCAAGUGAAGCCCACCUGAAGAUCUAUGAAUCGGUGCUUACCCCUCCUCCUCUUGGGGCUCUUGAAACCCCUGAGCCAGAGCUGCCUCCUGCUGAUGACUCUCCAGCAGAGCCUGAGCCUAGGGCAGUGGGGCGGACCAAUCACCUCAGCUUGCCUCGCUUUGUCCCUGUGGUCACCAGUCCUGUUAAGGUUGAGGUGCCCCCCCAUGGAGCUCCAGCUCUGAGUGAAGGCCAGCAGCUUCAGCUCCAGCAGCCCCCGCAGGCCUUGCAGACCCAGCUCCUACCCCAGGCACUACCACCACAGCAACCACAAGCGCAGCCACCUCCAUCACCACAACACACACCACCACUGGAAAAGGCCCGUGUUGCAAGUCUGGGUUCCCUGCCACUAUCUGGGGUGGAGGAGAAAAUGUUUAGCCUUCUUAAGAGAGCUAAGGUGCAGUUAUUCAAGAUCGAUCAACAGCAACAGCAGAAAGUGGCGGCUUCAAUGCCGCUAAGCCCUGCAGUACAAACCGAGGAGGCUGUGGGGACUGUCAAACAGACCCCGGACAGAGGCUGUGUCAGGUCUGAAGAUGAAUCCAUGGAAGCUAAGAGAGAUCGAGCCUCGGGCCCUGAGUCACCUUUACAAGGCCCCCGAAUCAAACAUGUCUGCCGUCACGCUGCUGUGGCCUUGGGUCAGGCUCGGGCCAUGGUGCCUGAAGAUGUACCCCGCCUCAGUGCCCUCCCUCUCCGGGAUCGGCAGGACCUCGCCACUGAGGAUACGUCAUCAGCAUCAGAGACUGAGAGUGUCCCUUCCCGAUCCCAGCGGGAAAAGGUGGAAUCUGCAGGGCCUGGGGGAGACUCGGAGCCUACAGGGUCUACAGGGGCCCUGGCCCACACACCACGGCGGUCACUGCCAUCCCACCAUGGCAAGAAGAUGAGAAUGGCUCGUUGUGGGCACUGUCGGGGUUGCUUGCGUGUGCAGGACUGUGGCUCUUGUGUCAACUGCUUGGAUAAACCUAAAUUUGGGGGUCCCAACACUAAGAAGCAGUGCUGUGUAUACCGGAAGUGUGACAAGAUAGAGGCUCGGAAGAUGGAGCGGCUGGCAAAAAAAGGCCGGACGAUAGUGAAGACGCUGUUGCCCUGGGAUUCCGAUGAAUCUCCUGAGGCCUCCCCUGGUCCUCCAGGCCCACGCCGGGGGGCGGGAGCUGGGGGGUCCCGGGAGGAGGUGGGGGCCACUCCCGGGCCCGAGGAGCAGGACUCCCUCCUACUGCAGCGCAAGUCAGCCCGACGCUGCGUCAAACAGCGGCCCUCCUAUGAUGUCUUCGAGGACUCAGAUGACUCAGAGCCCGGGGGUCCUCCUGCUCCAAGACGUCGCACCCCCAGAGAACAUGAGCUGCCAGUACUAGAACCUGAGGAGCAGAGCCGGCCCCGCAAACCCACCCUGCAGCCUGUGUUGCAGCUCAAGGCCCGAAGGCGCCUGGACAAGGAUGCUUUAGCCCCUGGCCCCUUUGCCUCUUUUCCCAAUGGCUGGACUGGAAAGCAGAAGUCUCCUGACGGUGUGCACCGGGUCCGAGUAGAUUUUAAGGAGGAUUGCGACCUAGAGAAUGUGUGGCUUAUGGGUGGUCUCAGUGUGCUGACUUCUGUGCCAGGGGGGCCACCGAUGGUGUGUCUGCUGUGUGCUAGCAAAGGCCUCCAUGAGCUGGUUUUUUGCCAAGUCUGCUGCGAUCCUUUCCACCCCUUCUGUCUGGAGGAGGCUGAGCGGCCCUCACCUCAGCAUCGUGACACCUGGUGCUGCAGGCGCUGCAAGUUCUGCCAUGUUUGUGGGCGCAAAGGCCGAGGGUCCAAGCACCUCCUGGAAUGUGAACGCUGUCGUCAUGCUUACCACCCAGCCUGCCUGGGACCCAGCUACCCAACCCGGGCCACGCGUAGACGGCGCCACUGGAUCUGUUCAGCCUGUGUGCGCUGUAAGAGCUGUGGGGCAACUCCAGGCAAGAACUGGGAUGUCGAGUGGUCUGGAGAUUACAGCCUCUGCCCCAGGUGCACCGAGCUCUAUGAAAAAGGGAACUACUGCCCAAUUUGCACACGCUGCUAUGAAGACAAUGACUAUGAGAGCAAGAUGAUGCAGUGUGCACAGUGUGACCACUGGGUGCAUGCCAAGUGUGAGGGACUCUCAGAUGAAGACUACGAGAUCCUUUCUGGACUGCCAGACUCAGUGUUGUACACGUGUGGGCCAUGUGCUGGGGCGACACAGCCCCGCUGGCGAGAGGCCCUGAGUGGGGCCCUGCAGGGAGGCCUGCGUCAGGUGCUCCAGGGCCUGUUAAGCUCAAAGGUGGCAGGCCCAUUGCUGCUGUGCACCCAGUGUGGGCAGGAUGGGAAGCAGCUCCACCCAGGACCCUGUGAUUUACAAGCUGUGGGAAAGCGCUUUGAGGAAGGUCUCUAUAAGUCUGUGCACAGCUUCAUGGAAGACGUAGUGGCCAUCUUGAUGAGGCAUUCAGAAGAAGGAGAGACCCCAGAGCGCCGGGCUGGAAGCCAGAUGAAAGGACUCCUACUGAAGCUGCUAGAGUCUGCGUUCUGCUGGUUUGACGCCCAUGAUCCUAAGUACUGGCGACGGAGUACACGGCUGCCAAACGGAGUGCUCCCCAAUGCUGUGUUGCCUCCAUCCUUGGACCAUGUCUAUGCUCAGUGGAGACAACAGGAAUCAGAGACCCCAGAAUCGGGGCAGCCUCCAGGGGAUCCUUCAGCAGCUUUCCAGAGCAAGGACCCAGCUGCUUUCUCACACCUGGAUGACCCUCGUCAGUGUGCACUCUGUCUCAAGUAUGGGGAUGCUGACUCUAAGGAGGCGGGGCGGCUCCUGUACAUUGGGCAGAAUGAGUGGACACAUGUCAAUUGUGCCAUUUGGUCAGCUGAAGUGUUUGAGGAGAAUGAUGGCUCCCUCAAGAACGUCCAUGCUGCUGUUGCACGUGGAAGGCAGAUGCGCUGUGAGCUCUGCCUCAAGCCUGGAGCCACAGUUGGCUGCUGCCUGUCCUCAUGUCUCAGCAACUUCCACUUCAUGUGUGCCCGGGCCAGCUACUGCAUCUUCCAGGAUGACAAGAAGGUUUUCUGCCAGAAACACACAGACCUCCUAGAUGGCAAGGAGAUCGUGACCCCUGAUGGUUUUGAUGUUCUUCGGCGAGUCUAUGUGGACUUCGAGGGCAUCAACUUCAAGCGAAAGUUCUUGACUGGACUUGAACCAGAUGUCAUCAAUGUACUCAUUGGCUCCAUCAGAAUCAACUCCCUGGGCACCCUAUCUGAUCUCUCAGACUGUGAGGGUCGACUCUUCCCCAUUGGCUACCAAUGCUCCCGCCUGUAUUGGAGCACAGUGGAUGCUCGGAGGCGCUGCUGGUAUCGGUGCCGAAUUCUAGAGUAUCGCCCUUGGGGGCCAAGGGAGGAGCCAGUGCACCUAGAAGCAGCAGAGGAGAACCAGACCAUUGUGCAUAGCCCAACCCCUUCCUCAGAGCCCCCCAAUCAUGAUGAUCUGCCAGAUACAGAUUCUCUGAUCCCUGGAGAUCCUGUACACCACUCCCCCAUUCAGAAUCUGGAUCCCCCGCUUCGGACAGAUUCAAGCAAUGGCCCUCCUCCCACCCCUCGCUCCUUCUCAGGGGCUCGAAUCAAAGUGCCCAACUACUCACCGUCUCGGAGGCCCUUAGGGGGAGUCUCUUUUGGUCCUCUGCCCUCUCCAGGAAGUCCAUCUUCCCUGACCCACCACAUCCCUACUGUGGGAGACUCGGACUUUCCAGCUCCCCCAAGGCGAUCUCGGCGUCCUAGCCCCCUGGCCACCAGGCCACCACCAUCCCGGAGGACCUCCUCUCCUCUCAGAACUUCCCCUCAGCUCAGGGUGCCCCUGUCUACCUCAGUCACAGCCCUCACACCUACCUCAGGGGAGCUGGCUCCCCCUGACCUGGCCCCAUCUCCCCUUCCACCGUCUGAAGACCUGGGCCCAGACUUUGAAGACAUGGAGGUGGUGUCAGGACUAAGUGCUGCUGACCUGGACUUUGCAGCCAGCCUGCUGGGGACUGAGCCUUUCCAGGAAGAGAUUGUGGCUGCUGGGGCAGUGGGGAGCAGCCAGGGAGGUCCAGGGGACAGCUCAGAGGAGGAGGCCAGCCCUACCACUCACUAUGUCCACUUCCCUGUGACCGUGGUGUCUGGCCCUGCCCUGGCCCCCAGUUCCCUUGCUGGAGCUCCCCGAAUCGAGCAGCUGGACGGAGUGGAUGAUGGCACAGACAGCGAGGCUGAGGCUGUCCAACAACCCCGGGGACAGGGGACUCCUCCUUCAGGACCAGGAGUGGGCCGAGGAGGGGUCCUUGGAGCAGCAGGCGACAGAGCCCAACCUCCUGAAGACCUGCCUUCAGAAAUUGUGGAUUUCGUGUUGAAGAACCUAGGGGGUCCUGGGGAGGGGGCUGCUGGCCCCAGAGAGGACUCUCUUCCUUCAGCACCUCCCUUGGCUAAUGGCAGCCAACCCCCACAAAGCCUGUCCACUAGCCCAGCUGACCCCACCCGAACAUUUGCUUGGCUCCCUGGAGCUCCAGGGGUCCGGGUAUUGAGUCUGGGUCCUGCUCCAGAACCCCCCAAACCUGCCACAUCCAAGAUCAUCCUUGUCAACAAGCUGGGGCAAGUAUUUGUGAAGAUGGCAGGGGAGGGUGAGCCUGUAGCACCCCCAGUAAAGCAGCCCCCUCUACCCCCCAUCAUUCCCCCAACAGCUCCCACCUCCUGGACUCUGCCCCCAGGACCCCUGCUCAGUGUGUUACCAGUGGUAGGGGUAGGAGUGGUCCGGCCUGCCCCACCCCCACCUCCACCCCCACUAACACUGGUGUUUAGCAGUGGGCCCCCCAGCCCACCACGCCAGGCCAUUCGUGUCAAGAGGGUAUCCACCUUCUCUGGCCGAUCCCCUCCAGUUCCUCCCCCAAACAAAACUCCCCGGCUGGAUGAAGAUGGAGAGUCCUUGGAGGAUGCCCAUCAUGUGCCAGGGAUCAGUGGCAGUGGGUUCAGUCGUGUUCGCAUGAAAACGCCCACAGUCCGUGGAGUUCUGGACCUGAACAAUCCUGGGGAGCAGCCUGAGGAGGAAAGCCCUGGGCGCCCCCAGGACCGGUGUCCUUUGCUGCCACUUGCAGAAGCUCCUUCCCAGGCCCUCGAUGGUUCCUCAGACCUACUGUUUGAGUCCCAGUGGCAUCACUAUUCAGGCGAGGCCUCAAGCUCUGAGGAAGAGCCUCCAUCUCCAGAGGACAAAGAAAACCAGGUCCCCAAACGGGUUGGUCCACACCUGCGCUUUGAGAUCAGCAGUGAUGAUGGCUUCAGUGUGGAGGCAGAGAGCUUGGAGGUGGCAUGGAGAACUCUGAUUGAGAAAGUGCAAGAAGCACGAGGGCAUGCACGGCUCAGGCAUCUCUCCUUUAGUGGAAUGAGUGGAGCGCGGCUCCUGGGCAUCCACCACGAUGCUGUCAUCUUCCUGGCAGAGCAGCUCCCUGGGGCCCAGCGCUGCCAGCAUUAUAAGUUCCGCUACCACCAGCAGGGAGAGGGCCAGGAAGAGCCACCUCUGAAUCCCCAUGGGGCUGCUCGUGCUGAGGUCUAUCUCCGGAAGUGUACCUUUGACAUGUUCAACUUCCUGGCCUCCCAGCACCGUGUGCUCCCCGAGGGAGCCACCUGUGAUGAAGAAGAGGAUGAGGUGCAGCUUCGGUCCACCAGACGUGCCACCAGCCUGGAGCUUCCUAUGGCCAUGCGCUUUCGUCAUCUCAAAAAGACAUCCAAAGAGGCUGUGGGAGUCUACAGAUCAGCUAUCCAUGGACGAGGUCUGUUUUGUAAACGCAACAUCGAUGCGGGAGAGAUGGUCAUUGAGUACUCUGGCAUUGUCAUUCGCUCUGUGCUGACUGACAAGCGAGAGAAGUUCUAUGAUGGGAAGGGUAUUGGGUGCUACAUGUUCCGCAUGGAUGACUUUGAUGUGGUGGACGCCACCAUGCACGGCAAUGCUGCCCGAUUCAUCAACCACUCAUGUGAGCCCAACUGCUUCUCUCGUGUCAUCCAUGUGGAAGGCCAGAAACACAUUGUCAUCUUUGCCUUGCGCCGCAUCCUGCGAGGUGAGGAGCUCACCUAUGACUACAAGUUUCCUAUCGAGGAUGCCAGCAACAAGCUGCCCUGCAACUGUGGCGCCAAGCGCUGCCGUCGCUUUCUUAACUGAGGCCAUGGCUGCCCGGAUUCCUCACGUGCCCGCUGCCAUCUCACCCUGGCCUGUGGCUCCCUAGUCUCAGUAUCUCACUCCUACCUUCCUGUCCAUGGUGAAUGUGGGCAUGUAGUGGGGCAGGAGUCUGCCUUCACCCCUCCUGCCUACCCAGCCAUUGCCUCCUUCCUCCUUCCCUGGGGACCCAGGAUGUAGAUAUUGUACAAAGGUUUCUAAAUCCCUUCUUUUCUAUGCACUUUUUUAUUUAAGAGGGCGGGGUCCCAGGUGGGAAUCCCCCCACAAUAAAGUCUGUCAGCGUUUGGA